AUGAAAUACUUGAUUCUAAUAUCUUUUUGUGUUCCAAUUGGAUUGAUAUUUGUUUAUGCAAUCAAAACUGUUGCUCUUAAACUCUACGGAAUAUCAAUUAUAAUGUCAAUCAACUUCUUAAAUAUUCUUUUAGAAAUCAAAAUUUACAAAAUUUCUAAAAUAGUUUACGAAAAAACAAGAGGAAGUAUCAGUUUGAAUGGGAGAUAUGAAAUGUUUUCGAAUAUUAAACUUUUGAAAUGUUUUAUUCCUGCUUCAAUUGUUGGGAUUAUUUUCAAAAUCGUUAUUUAUAUUUUGGCUUAUAUGAAAGUUCUUGGAUUCAUAACUUAUGAGCCAAGAAAGUUCUACUUUCUAUUCAACUUGGUGAGUUCUGCAAAUUGAAUUAAUUUUUUUUUUUGAAUUUUUGUUAGCUCUGGAAUAUCGAUUGCUCAAUUUUCCCGUGGUUUUUCCUUGUUACUUACAAACCAAUUCGAAAGAUUUUGCAUAUUUUUGAUAGUCAAACGAAUUAUUAUUACUGUAUUUAG